AUGCAGACGAUCAAAUGCGUAGUAGUUGGGGAUGGAGCUGUCGGAAAGACGUGUUUGCUGAUAUCAUACACAACCAACAAGUUCCCCUCGGAAUAUGUUCCCACCGUCUUUGACAACUAUGCGGUAACGGUUAUGAUAGGUGAUGACCCAUACACCCUGGGUCUGUUCGAUACUGCCGGACAGGAAGAUUACGAUCGUCUCCGCCCGCUCUCAUACCCCCAAACCGACGUCUUCCUGGUUUGCUUCAGCGUAACAAGUCCGGCGUCAUUUGAAAACGUCAAGGAAAAAUGGGUCCCCGAAGUCCGACACCACUGCCCCGGUGUCCCCUUGCUCGUCGUCGGCACCCAAGCCGAUCUUCGCGAAGACCCGGGCCACGUCGAGAAGCUGGCACGGCAGAAGCAGCGGCCCAUUUCGGCCGAGGCGGGCGAGAGGCUCGCGAGGGAGGUGGGGGCCGUCAAGUAUGUGGAGUGUAGUGCGUUGACGCAGAGGGGUUUGAAGAAUGUGUUUGAUGAGGCUAUCGUCGCCGCACUGGAGCCACCCGUCGUAAAGAAGAAGAACAAGUGUCUGAUCCUAUAA